AUGUCCAAGGAGGAGCGCAUCGGAACGCUCAUCGUCGUCGUCUUGAAGGCGAAGAAUCUCAUUGACAGGCACUCGUUCUACAAGCAGGAUGUGUUCUGCCAGAUUUCCCUAAACGGUACCGAUAAGCGUACGAAGGUGGAUGUGAAGGGUGGUCAGCACCCAGUCUGGGACGACGAGCUGCGGUUCCCAGUCAUGAAGAACGCGACGGGCAAGUUCAGACAGCUGGAAGUAACCUGCUUCGCCAAAGAAUCCAAAUCGGACGACUCCCUCGGCUCGGGCACGCUCGAUAUCACAGAAACACUAAAGACGGGCGAGUUCGAUGACUGGAUUCCCCUCAAACUGGACAACACCCAGCGCGGAGAAGUCUACCUGGAGAUGACCUACUACGCAAACGCUCCCGCACCGCCCAACUACAACAACCUCCAGCGCCGGCCCUCCAAGCUCAAGCCUAACGAUCGCCUCGCGCGCCCGCCCGUGACACCGCCCAAGGGCUCGCCGCUGCGCAGCGAUGUCCCCCUCCCAUCUCAAAGCCAUCUGAUGCCUUCAAACGCUGCAGCUGGCGGGAGGCAGCGUGUCGUCAGCACCCCGACGCCCUCCAGGCACGCUGAUGCAGCUGCUGUCACACCCCAGGGCGCUGGACGAGGAGGCACUGGGCGGGGAGUGCCCUCGGCGUUGCAGCCUGGGGGUUCGGCCUUGCCUGGAGGUCACGUACCGUCCAUCUUGCGGCCAGGGAACCCAAAGUCAUCCCCGCACCCCAUUGGCCACAGCCGUCAUUCGAGCGCGGACCUGCCGCCCAUACCGGGCGAGGAAAUCGAUACGAGCAAGUACACUGGUGACACCAGCAAGUAUACGGGCGAUACGAGCAAGUAUACAGGUGAUACCAGCAAAUACACCGGCGACACAAGCAAGUACACCGGCGACACUAGCAGGUACACGGGCGCGCCGAGUGUAAUAUCCCAGCAGCGCCCGACCUUGUACCUCGCUCCUUCCAUCGCGCCAUCGUACGCUCCAUCGCAGCACUCGUAUACCCCCUCACAACAAUCCUAUGCCCCGACUCCAUCGGAGAGCAACGCCGGAGGCUUCUCGUUCCCAGUGCCAGGCAUAUCUGUAGCACCUUACGACGGCAACCCCACUCCCACCCCCGCACCCUAUGCAAAUGCCCCCGCACAAGCGCCCUACCAGAAUGCGACCACACCUGUCCCUUACGCAAACCCCUCCACGCCCGCUCCGUACGCAAAUCCCUCCACACCCGCACCCUACGCAAACCCGUCUACGCCUGCGCCGUAUGCGAACCCCUCCACGCCAGCGCCCUACGGCGCUGGACCGCCUCCCCAGCAAUACCAAGCUCAUGCACCCUAUACCAACGGCUACCCGCAGCACUCAUACCCCCACGUCGAGCCCUAUGCCGCGUACAACGCACCGCCGCAGGACCGAACCACCCCGCCGGGCGGCUAUCCUGCCUCGCCUCCUCCUUCGACGCCACAACCAUUCGCUCAAGGCCCGCACCGUCGGGAGUCAUUCCCGGACCCAUAUCUGCAAAAGCGCUACCAGACGCCACUGCCGCUACCGCCGGGUCACGAAGAAGAGGACCGCAAGCGGGAGGAGCAACGGAAGCGGGAUGAGGAACGGCGAGCGCAGGAGGAGCAGCGCAAGCGCGAGGAGGAGAAAGCCCGCGAGGAAGAGGCGCGGCGCGCAGAGGAGGCGAAGCAGGUCGAGGAGGCACGGAUGGCUGAUGAAGCACGGCGAGCGGAGGAGGCACGGAAAGCAGAGGAGGCGCGGUUGGCCGAGGAGGCGAGGAGGGCAGAUGAGCUCAGGCGAGCGGAAGAAGAGGCCCGCCGAGCGGAGGAGGAGCAUCGUCGCGCAGAGGAAGCGCGCAAGGCCGAGGAGGCUCGGCGCGAAGCUGAAGAGGCCCUGCGGCGCGCGGAAGAGGCGCGCAAGCGUGCCGAGGAAGCACGGCUGGCGGAGGAGCGCCGCCUCGAGCAGCUACGUCGGGAGGAGGCGCGUUUGCGGGCGGAGGAGGAGGAGCGGCUGCGGCGUCUACGCGAGGAAGAGGAGGAGCGGCGCGCGCUGCUGAAGGCACAAGAGGAAGAGGAGCGCAUGCUGCGGGAGGAGCGUGCUAGGAGGGCGAGGGCGGAGGAGGAGGAACGGCAGAUGCUGCUGAAGCUGCAAGAAGAGGAGGAGCGCGCGUUCCGUGAGCAGGAGGAGAGGGAUAUGGAGAUCGCGAGGCAGUUGGAUCGCGAGCUCAACCUUGCUGGAAACUAG